AUGCAAACGACUGAGCAAACACAGAAUCGCAUGGCGAAGGAACUGGCAGCCACCGGCGAGUCAGCGACGCCAGCAGCCGUGGAGAAACAGUUGGAGAAUGCUCGAACCCAGCUGUCCGCCGCGUUGGAGGCCCUUUCAGCCCCCUCCUCGAAACAUGCACGGAACUCGGAAUCCGAAACACCCGAGUCCGAGUUCCCUCUCAUCACCUAUCCAGUGUCAAAGCUGACCUACCCUGAGUGCACCAUUGAGGUGGGCGAGCUGGAACAGGUUAGUAACUUCAAACUUGUGCGCGAACUGUGGCUCCGAAAAUAA